AGAGAACGAUGAGGAGAGGAAGAAGAUGGUGCAGACCAUUGGUGCGCUUCUAGAUAAGGCCGAUCGCGUGUACCGCCAACUCGUCGCCAACAAACCCGUUCUCGAGUCUCUUCUACACAAGAUAAGCGAACAUCGUCUAGAAGGUCGCGGUGGUGACGAGAACAGCAACGCUAGCAACACAUCGUUCAGCGGUGCCCAAAUAAACCGCGUUAUACAAACGCUCGCUCACAAGUACUGUGUCGACAGCAAAGGACACUUUGAAGACCUUUCCAAGAUCAUACAAAAAGUACUCGCCUGCAGGAAAGAGCUUGUGUCUUUUGACAGAUCUCAGAGCGAACAACUGAAAGGCGAUACGCUACCCGUUUAUGCGGGAUUGGUCCAAAACUAUGAUACUGACCUCACUAAAGAAUCUGGUGGCGGUUGCUGCGGCUGUUCACUAGCGUGCGCAGAGCAUUGCUUAACUUUACUACGAGCUCUGGCAUCGCAGCCUGAGCAUCGAACCCGUCUCUGCCGCUUUGGCCUCGUACAAGAACUCGUUCAUCACAAUCUUCAUCGGGGCACACCUCAGUGUCAAGAAGAAGUACGUGCUUUGAUUUGCCUCGUGACUCGUGAUAAUCUACCAGCCACAGAACAACUCUGCAAUCUGUUGAGUCAGAGGAUUACUCUAUCACUGAUGGGACAUGCAGCGUCACAAGACCAUAAUAAUUCAGUGCGCCCACUAGUACUCUUAUUGGGAUCACUUGUCAAAGUUCAAGAUUCCGUCGAAUGUUGGGAAGCGAGACUUCGCUGUAUUGUGAAGUUAUGGGUUUGGUGUUGCCCUCAUCUUACUGAAGUGGCCGGCAUAGCACCGGCCGCUAAUGCCAUUCUGAAACCUGACGUACUGGCAGGCAUACCUGGUAUCAAUACUUCAUCGCCGAACUCACAUCAGUUCGCGCUGCAGCAGGUGGCGUUGCCUUGUAUGCGUUAUAUGCAACAACUUAUGGCGCCCGCACCGCCACAACCGUCGACAACCGAAACCGACCAGUCCAAGGAGGCUAAGGAGGGUGUGAACUCAAGUACAGUAUGUACUACACCGCACGGGCCAUCGCCGUCGUUGAACGUGGUGGUGGAUCUGGCAUCUUGGUUGGCGGGCCGCGUGCCUCACCAGUACUGGCGGCGAUUAUCCGCUCCCGCUUCCGAUCCUGCGCCCGCGCCCGCCGCCGCUCCCACGCCUGCGUCCGCGCCCGCCACCGCCCCCGUCCCCGCCUCCGAUCUACCCACGCUGCCACCGCGCGAUGCACAUCUCGCUAUGAAAUACCUUGCCAAGUGGCGCGAGCGGACUCUACUGUCCCACGGUAUGCGCCCUCUAGCUCUAGAAGACGGCGGUUGGUUACGCCCGGUAAUGUUCGAUCCAAGUUCUCGCAUCGCCCGCGAUACAGCUUGCCAGAUGGUCAAAUCACUCUGCGACUCAUAUGAACGCACUAAGGCGGUGCUGAUUCUUCUUACUAGCUUCUUACCCGAGGUGGGAACAGCGGGUGAAGCCAGUGAGCAAUUCUUGCAACUCUACCAAAGUCUUGCAUCUGAAGCACCGUGGAAACAAUUCUUGGCGCUACGAGGAGUGCUACAGCAAAUAGCCGAUUUGAUGACCAAAGAGAUCGAACAACUCCAUCGCCUCGAGGAGACUACACUAACAUCAGACCUUGCACAAGGUAAUUAUUUCGAUUCUUACAAAUUACCAUACUAUUUCUUUUUUUUUAUUAGAAAUCGCUUUGAGACAUUAAUAAAUUGAAAAAUAAAUAUAAGUGCUCAAUUAAGUUAAAUCAAGCAAAAAUUUGCACGUAGUAGGGUAUUCUACUCUGUUUGAAAUAAUACUUUUAACUGUUUACUUUAAUUUAAAAAGCCAUUAAACAAAUAUUUCGGAAAAAUAAACACGUUUUAUUGCCUUAAAAUGAAAUCAAAAUUAACUAUUUUAUACCCACGAAAACGGGUGAUGACGUCAUUGUGAUAUGUAUAUAAAAUCUUAACUCUAUUCACGAAACAAGAACAAUGCCAUCUAACGGUCGAUUUCAAAAUAAAAAGAUAUAAAUGAUCUAGGAAUUAGAUUUAUAAUUAAUUGUGUUGGCAACUUAAUGAAAUCAACAUUAAUCGACCGGAAGUUGACGCCGGUGACGCCAUCUUGCGGCGCACAAUGACGUUCACGUGCAAGAUGGCGACUAUAUAAGCAAGCAACCGACCUAAGCAUGGCAGUCUUAGUUCCGCUCGCGCUGUGACAACUAGUGUAAAUUAUAAAAUAAAGUGUUGUGAUUAUUGAUAGCUAUGUGUGAUGUAUGCAAAUUAGUGAAUAAAUAGUUUGAUGAUUGAAAGUGAGGUUUUAGUUAACAUCAGAAGUGGGAUAUUAGGCGCCAAUGGGCUCUCGCAGGAAGCGCUCUAAACGUCGCGAAAGACGCUCGAGUUCGACGUCGAGUAGCUCGAGUAGCGCUCGAACACCGUCGCCCUCACCGAGACAAAGGAAAAAGGUAGCACACAAAACUGACACCGCGACUGUAAGUACAAACAACAGCUUAAUAUUGUGCAAUAUCAUACCAGAAUUUGACCCGUUAAUAGACGACGUAAAUGCAUGGCUUAAUAUUAUCGAAUCUUACUCUCAAACGUUUGCCUGGUCGGAUGAAGUGAUUCGCUAUCAAGCUUUGAACAAAUUGAAAGGUUCCGCUAAAACAUGGUACGACUCCUUAUUACAUACUGAAUAUCAGUGGCCAUCUUGGAAAUGGAAAGAUUGGCGAAUAAAGCUAUCGGCUUGUUUUCAAAGUAGGAGAAAUAUUUUUGAUCUUCUAAAAGAAAUACUCGAUAAAAAACCCAUAGAAAAUCAAUCUUUAUACGAUUUUUACUUUGAUCAAAAAUGUAAAAUCGAUCGUUUGUCACUAAACUUUACACAACAAGAUAUUAUAUCUAUUAUUUUAGGGAACAUAGGAGAGGCAAAUUUAUUAGCAUCAAUAGACGCUAAUCAGUUUACAACAUGUGAUAAUCUAGCAAGUUUUUUGCAUGGUCGAAUAUACAAAUCCAAAUUUCCUAAAUCUUCAAAUGUUCCUUGUGAAAACCAACCACGACAAACCGUCGCACAACCAACUACUUCCUCCACAAAUGGAGGUAGUAUAACCAUAAUAGAUCAAACUGUUCCAUCUGGUUCACUAGCGACCAUGCAGAACAUACAACGUAAAUCGUUAAAAUGCUUCAUUUGUGGUGGGAAUCAUAAACGAAAUCAAUGUGAUAAAAAUAAAUGCGACUUCUGUGGGAAAAGGGGACAUUUAGAAGCUGUAUGCUUUCACAAAAAACUGACGAAAACCGAAACGCACGAAACUAAAUUUAUUUCUACCCCCAACCCUGGUAACAAAUUCGUUAAAAAUAUAAUACUAAAUCACGUGAAGUGUGAAGCUUUUAUAGAUACUGGAAGUAGUUGUUCGUUAGUGUCAGAGUCAUUCGCAAAGAAUAAUUGCUUUGAAAUUAGUCCUUUAUCGUCUCCGAUUUUAUUGCAAGGAUUUUCUAAACAAUCCUCAAAAUUUGUGAGUCAUAAGAUAACCGUUGAUUUAGAAAUGGACUCUAUAGCUUUAACGCAAAUUGACAUUUAUGUGCUUGAUGAUUUGAUGGAUUAUGAUAUUUUGAUAGGUAGGAAUGUAACUGAGCGAUCAGAUUUGAUGUACAUACGUGUAGGAAAUACCUUUAGGUUUCAUUAUGCAAUAGGGUACAGCGAAUCCUGUAAAAGUAUCAAUGAACUAGAUUUAGACACCGACUCUCAUCAUAACGAGUUAAAAUGUAUUUUCAGUAUAUAUAGAGAUUGUGUAGCACUCAAUACUAAAGAGUUAGGGAAAGUUAAUCAUCACGAAAUGGAAAUUAACGUUAACAAUAUACAACCGAUUCAGUGCAGACCUUUUAGGACUUCUAAUAACGAUAGAAAAAUAAUACGUGAUAUAGUAAAUGAACUUUUAGAAAAUAACAUCAUACGCGAAAGUAGAUCGUCUUAUGCGAGCCCCGCACUUCUUGU